UUCUGCAGAUGCUGUCCACCGGGGCCCGCUACCUAUUCAAUGGGAAAAAAGUAUGCGGACGUCUGGUGAAAGUGGAACGAUGGUCGUUUGAAGAGCUGGCAAGGGAAUGUGGAAAUAUCUACGCCGUCGGAAACAACGGCUCCACUGCUAAACUUGAAAAGGUGUUCGAUAGUGCAUCCCGCAGGGCUCGAGCGAUAUUGCAGCAGCUCAAGGAAGCUGCGCUGGAGGAGAAACAUACCUAUUCGAUCACAACUUCGCCUAAAAAGACACCGGAAGAAGAUGAG